AUGUUUGCAGAUACGCAGACAAUGGGUAUCUCCGGUGCCGAUUUUGCUAUCCUCGCCGGCGACACUCGAUCAACGUCCGGAUACAACAUCAACAGCCGAUCGGAACCCAAAGUAUUCACAAUUCAAGAUGCAAAAAACCAAUCAAUCGUCAUCAGCGUGGUGGGAUUCGCCGCCGACGGCCACGCGCUGAAGGAGAAAUUGGAAGGAAUCGUCACCAUGUACAAAUACCAACAUGGGAAGAAUAUCAGCCUCCGUGCUUGUGCACAGCGUGUCUCGACGAUUCUCUAUGAGAAGCGGUUCUUCCCAUACCAGUUGCAGACUAUGGUGGCGGGGAUCGACGCUGACGGUGAAGGCGCCAUCUACUACUACGACCCGGCAGGAUGUAUCGAGAAGAGGUCACAUUGUUGCGCUGGCGGCGCAAGUAGUCUGAUGCUACCAUUCAUGGAUAGCCAGGUCCCCAGGCUACAGCCAAUAAGUCGCGAGGUUGCCGAAGGGCUGGUGCGAGAUGCUUACCAAGGCGCGGCGGAGCGCCAUAUCGAAGUUGGUGAUUACCUGCAGAUGCUGGUGGUCACCAAAGACGGCGUGGAAGAGCAUGUUGUUGAUUUGAAGAAGGAUUAG